CUUGCGCUCGCGGUGCCAAAAGGCGCCCGCCCUGAUUGAAAAGGCGCAGUGCAUGCCCGCCCGCGUCACUGCGCGGGCGGAGGACGCACGUCGGGGUGCGGCUCUCUGGCUCGAGCGCCGCUCGGGCUCUGUCACCCGAGCCCUGUGCUGCACCCAGCGCGCCCACGCGCCUGCCUGGCAGCAAUGCACGGAACAGCCCGCGCUCCGGCCACCAGCGUGAGCGCCGACUGCUGCAUCCCGGCCGGCCUGCGCCUGGGGCCCGUGCCUGGAACCUUCAAGCUGGGCAAGUACCUGUCAGACCGCAGGGAACCCGGGCCCAAGAAAAAGGUGCGCAUGGUGAGAGGGGAGCUGGUGGACGAGUCGGGGGGCUCCCCUCUGGAAUGGAUAGGGUUAAUCCGGGCAGCCAGGAACCCCCAGGAACAGACUCUCGAAGCUAUUGCAGACUUACCCGGAGGACAGAUCUUCUAUCGAGCUCUUCGAGACGUCCAGCCAGGGGAGGAGCUGACCGUGUGGUAUUCCAACUCCUUGGCUCAGUGGUUCGACAUCCCCACAAUUGCAACUCCGACGCACGACGAGAAAGGGGAGGAGCGCUACAUUUGCUGGUACUGCUGGAGGACGUUUAGAUACCCCAACAGCCUUAAGGCCCACCUACGUUUCCACUGCGUGCUCAGCAGCGGCGGGGGCCGAACCUACCUGCACCACGAGCACGCUGCUCGCCAAAGCGUUGCCCCGGCCGCGGAUGGCCUUCCCUUCUCUCCGAAACCCCCAGCGCCCGACUUUGCCGCGGCCGCCCCGGCUGGCACUCUGAGGCCCCACUCGCAGGCCCCGCCGCCUCUCCAGGCCUGCGGAGCGCGGGAGAGUAUCAAGCGCGAGGCCUCCUCUGCGCCCUCGGCCACGUCGCCACCCGCGGCCAAGUGGGGGCAGUCCAAGAAGAGCAAGGAGCAGCCGGACCGCGCCCUAGACAUGAGCGGGGCCUCCCGGGGACACGGCCACUUCCUCGGCAUCGUAGGCGGCUCCCCAGCUGGGGGCGGUGGCCUGGCCUUCUACCCCGGAGUGCGCUCGGCUUUCAAGCCUGCGGGCUUGGCCAGGGCGGCCGCGGCCGCGCAUGGCGACCCCUACCGGGAGGAGGGCGGCGGCAAGCCUGGGUCCGGCUUGGCCUUAGGCAGGUUGCUGGGCGGGGGCCGGGCGGGCGGACGCCCGGUAAGCGGGGAGAACCCCGCGGCGGGCGGCGCCGGCCACCACCAUCACCACCAUGCGCACCACCACCAUCACCAUUCCAAGUGCCUGCUCUCGGGGGACCCGCCGCCGCCGCCGCCUGGCCUACCCUGCUCGGGGGGCCUGCGCAGCUUCCCUCUGCUCCCCGGGGCCCCGGAAGAGGCGUCAGCCUUCAAGCAUGUGGAACGCGCCCAGCCAGCGGCGCCUGCGCUGCCGGGAGCGCGUUUCGCCCAGUUGCCCUCUGCGACCGGGCUGCCCGUCGAGCGCUGCGCGCUGCCGGCCCUCGACGCGGGCGGGCUCAAAGCCUAUCCGGGUGGCGAGUGCAGCCACCUACCUGCCGUCAUGCCGGCUUUUACCGUCUACAACGGGGAGCUACUCUACGGCUCACCGGCCGCCGCCGCUUAUUACCCGCUCAAACUGCACUUCGGCGGGCUGCUCAAGUAUCCGGAGUCCAUCUCCUACUUCAGCGGGCCUGCGGCGGCGGCAGCAGCAGCGGCAGCUGCCGCUCUAAGCCCUGCGGAGCUCGGCUCCCUGGCUAGCAUCGACCGAGAGAUCGCUAUGCACACGCAGCAGCUGUCCGAGAUGGCAGCCGGGAAAAGCCGAGGCCGCCUGGACGCGGGGACGCUGCCACCCGCCGUCGUGGCGGCGGGAGGCGCUGGGGGUGGCGGCAGCGUAGGUGGUGGCGCCGGCAAGUCCAAGACCGGCCACCUGUGUCUCUACUGCGGCAAGUUGUACUCGCGCAAGUACGGGCUCAAGAUUCACAUGCGGACGCACACCGGCUACAAGCCGCUCAAGUGCAAAGUGUGCCUGCGGCCCUUCGGCGACCCCAGCAAUCUGAACAAGCACAUCCGGCUGCACGCCGAGGGCAACACGCCCUACCGCUGCGAGUUCUGCGGCAAGGUGCUGGUGCGCCGCCGGGACCUGGAGCGCCACGUCAAGUCCCGCCACCCCGGCCAAAACCUGCUAGCCAAGGCGGGCGAUGGCCCCGGCGCGGAGCCUGACUACCCGCCGGAGCCUGGGGAGCCCAAGAGCGACAACGACAGCGAUGUGGACGUCUGCUUCACGGACGACCAGAGCGACCCUGAGGCUGGAGGCGGCGGCGAGCGCGACCCAUGAGUCUUCUCCGGAAAGGGUGGAUUUGGGAGGCGGGAACGGAGAUAAGAAGUUGGGGAGGGGAGAGUGGUUCUCUUUUGGGAGAAGAGAGGAGCUCCUGGAGAGUGAACCGGUUGACAAAACCGUUUUUAUUUUGGUUGGGCGCCAGAUUUGGAACAGUGAGAGGUCCCAGGUCCUAUAGUGAAAUUCAGAGCUAAGGUUUAGAAGUGGCUCAAAGAAAUCUGGCUUUUUGCGUAGCCGGAGCGAGUCGGGUCCCUGUGGACCCUUGGACUCCGCGGGUAGUCUCUCCCAUGAACCACCCAGGAGGUCUGCUCUCAAGGUUUAGGAUCGCAUUAAUGUGAACUUCACAGCGCCCUUGAGGGCGUCGAUUUUAACUGCCAUGUAUUUUUAAAUUGUUCUUUAAUGUGGAGGAAAUUGUGCCUUUUGAAACGAUGUUUUGUGUGUGUGUGUGUGUGUUUACAUUAGCAUUUCACUAAAUAGGCGAAACAGUAGUCAAAGUUCGGUAGACGUGACAUCCAUCCAUCUAUCCAAAUAUUUCCAUUUCAUCUGUUCUCGUGUCAAAGACUAUGCCUUCCCGCAUUGACUAUAUAGUGGUAGCAGGUGUGCAAAUUGGUCAAGUUGCAAUUAUUUAUAAAAGAGUAAUGACAAAUGUAAAAUAUCUAAAGCAUGAAUCUAAAAGCACGCAAUAUAUAAUUUUAAAGAAAAUGUCUUAUUUGGUAGAGUACAGAUGUGAUGUAUGUUGUUUUACAAUGAAUGAUGUACAGUGGAUUCAGUAUUUUGGUCUUGGUUCCAGUUUGUGCAAUCUUUAAUAAAAAUAAAGAUACACAUGACAGUUUCUUCA